CCCGCCUGCCCGGUUCCGCCCCCGAGAGACCGGCGGCGGCGGCGGCGGCGGCUCCUCUGAUUCCGCGGGGGGUCUGAGAGGCAGCCCGGCCCCUUCCUGCCUGCUGGCCAUGGGCAACUCGGUCAGCAGGCCCAGCUGCCUGGGGCAGAAAAGCCCCAGGCCCGAAGACUUCCCGAAGGAGCCCUGCUCGGCCGCCCGGAACGAGGAGGAGGGCGCAGGGUCCCCAGAGGCGGCUUCCCUCGGCCCCCGGGUGACGGAGAACGGCCGGAACGCGGCCCUCCCCAAGCAACCCAAGCUGCAGGUCCAGCUGCAGAAUUGCUGCCCCCUCCCAGCCCAGGUGGAGGGAGCCCUGGCCCCCCGGGCCUCCCCCCAGGGCUUGGGGGCCAGCUGGGCCUGGAAGCCGCCCACCACCAGGGAGGUGACGGAGGUGACAGAGGUGACGGAGACGGUAGUGACGGAGAUCGUGGAAGUGACUGAGUUCCCCGGUGGGGACACGAGCCAGGAGGCCCCAGGGACCAGGAUGGUGCUGGCUGGCGUCAGAGAAGCCCUGCCCCAGGCAGCUGCCCUCCCAGGAGGCACGCAGGGCGCUGGGCCGGCCCCGGAGACCGCAGGGAAGCUGGGUGCCUGGGUGAGUGAAGUGGAGGACCUCAUGGGCCACCAGAGGCCUCCUUCGGGGGAAGCCAAGGUCGUGAAGGCGCAGCUGCAGGAGCAAAAGCUUUUGCUACGUCUGCUGGAGGAACGCACCCCCCACAUCGGCCGCCUUGGCCAGCCGCUCUCUGCUGAGCCUGGCAGUGCUGCCGAGGGACAGGAGCAGCCCAGGGGCCUCGCCAGCCUUCAGGAGACAUGGGCAACCCUGGUCCAGGAGGCCGAAGCCAGGCACCACUGCCUGCAGCAGAUCGUCCCUGCUGCCAGCGUCUUCCAGGAGUCGGUUGACGCUUUCCAAGACUGGCUGAGCUCGACGGAGCAGAAACUGGCCCAACUCUGGGGAGCCCCGGGGAGCCUGGCACAAAGCCAAGAUGCCCACCAACAGAUCCAGGAUCUGCGCGAGGAAGUUCAGUCGAAGCCGGCAGAACUGGAAGAGGCCCUGGAACGUGGAUGGCGGCUCUUGCAGAUGGUGCCAGGCAAACCGGCUAGCACAGCGGUGGGGGCCUUGGGCUUCAGGUGGCUCUUGAACCAGCUGUGCUUCUCCGGGGCCUUCCCUGAGGACGGCUGCCCCAGGCCAGCAGCAGUUUCCAUCCUUCUGGAGCAGAAGAGCCCCAGACGCGCCCUCGGAAGGGCCCAGAGAGGUGGCAUUGCCAUGGACCCAGCUGAUGCCCCUCUGUCCAGCUGA